AUGAGUGCGAGAAAUUUUGACAAUAUACCGCCACAUGCGACGAAUACGGUGACUAUUUCCACGACUCCGCAGGUUAGUUGGAUUUUUUGGGAGGAUUUUGGAGAUUUUUGGUGUAAAAAUUGUGAAUUUUUGUUGGAAAUUACAUACUUUCUUAAAAAUGAUUGAAUUUGGAAAUUUUUGGUGCAAAAUCAUAAAAUUUUGACCAAAACAUAAAAUUUUUUCAUUGAAAAAAUUCACUGUUUCAAAAUUUCCCCAAAUUUUUUUUUUUGACAAAUGUUCUCUACUGAUCUAUCUAUGUUGAAUUCAAAAUUUUGAAAUAAUUAAUUUUUAAAAAAUCACUGUUUCAAAAAUAAAAUUAGUAAAGUUUUCAGAAAUUAUUGAGAUUUUAUCACUCUUUUGUCCAAAAAAAAUUCUCAAAAAAUUACUGUUUCAAAAAUUUUACAAAAUUUUGCUAUGAAAUUGAAGUAUCAUUGAUGUAUCACAUUAAUAUUUUCCAUCAUCAACAACACGAUAAAAAGCUCUAAGUUUUCAAAUUUAAAAAUUAUUUUUAUCUCACCUGAAAAUUCACUGUUUCAAAAUUUACAUAAUUUAUUUUUGAAGAGAAACGGUUCAAUUUCAUCAUUAAAAUUUUCUGCAAAAUCUACUGUUUUAAAAUUUUGCUUUAAAAAUUCAGGAUGAUAAUUAUUUUGAUUAUUUCUGGAAAAUCAAUGUUACUAUAUCGAAAACUCGCAUUUCUCUCAAAAAAUUGUAGCAAUAAUUUCAAAAUUUGUAGUUGUUUUUGUAUGUAGAAAAAAUAUGGGAAAAAUAGAUUCUUCAAAAAAUUCAGGGAAAAAUAAAGAUGAAAAUCGAUAUCUUCCAAAUUUCAUAUUUUUUGCAGGUCCGAGUCACACCCGGAAGUGGUCAACUUCGUUCAAUACCAAUUCGACCCCAACCAGUUCCAAUUCGAAAAAUCCACCACGACGGAAAUCCAAUCAAUUCAUCUUCCACUUCAUCCACAACAACACCUUCAGCCAUCACAAAUUCUUCAAAUAAUCAAGCUGGAACAUCUACACCAGCACCAUCUUUCAAUUCGAUUCAUAUAAAAGAGGAGAUUGUAGAGACAUCGAAUCCCAAUAUUGAUUAUCAGAAUGCGAAUUCAAGUGGACCACUUUUGCCCCCAUCGACUUCGGCUAAUAGUUUUCAACAAUAUCAGAGGGGAUCUGGACCGGUGAGUUGUUUUUUGUGGGAGGAAAAAUUCACUGUUUCAAAAAUAUUUUGAAAAAUAAUCUCAGAUUUGAAAAAUUUGAUGAUGUUGUUUUUGUUGUAUGCUUACUAAAAAAAUCUGUAAUUUCUGUAAAUUCUGUAUACUUUUAACCAUAAUAAUUUCGAAAAAAAUCCCGAAAACUCACUGUUUCAAAAAUGUUUCUAGUAUUUUCUCAAAAAAUAUCCUUUGUUCUUCCUUUCAAUCAUAAUAAAAAUAAUAGAAUUAAAAUCAAAAUAUCUAGCUAAAAAUCUACUGUUUCAUGAAAUUUUAAUAGGAAAAUUCAGUUUUUCUACCUUUUUAAUAAAUAAUCGGAUGUAUUAAAAAGGGGUGAUGCGAAAAAAGAAUCAAAAUUACGAAUUUGAUAUUAAAAAAAAAUCCCGAAAAUUCACUGUUUCAAAAAUAUUCCUAGUGUUUUCUCAAAAAAUGAAAAUCUAUUAAGUGUGGAAAUGAGAGUUGAAAUAAAAUAAUUUCCAGCUUCUUCAAUCAGAAUAAAAAUAAUGAUAAAAAUCCACUGUUUCAUGAAAUUUUAAUGUGAAAAUUGAGUUUUCAAGAAGUAUUAAAAUGGAGGUGAUCCGAAAAAAUCAAAAUUACGAAUUUGAUUUGAAAAAAAGACCCGAAAAUUCACUGUUUCAAAAAUAUUUCUAGUAUUUUCUCGAAAAAUAAAAAUCUACUCGGGGAAAAAGUAGCAAGUCUGGCGACAAAAAUAGACUUUUAGCCUGCUUGCGACCAUUUUUAGCAAGCUUGCUACAAUUUUUAUAAUGGGAAAAAAUGUAGCAAGCUUGCCAAAACUGGUCGCAAGCUGGCUAAAAGUCCAUUUUUUGUUGCCAGACUUGCUACUUUUUCUUCGAGUAUUCAAUUAAUUAAAUACAUAUGUGAUUAAAAAACAUAAUUUCCAGCUUCUUCAAUCAGAAUAAAAAUAAUUUUAAAAAUCCACUGUUUCAAGCAAUUUUAAUAUUAAAAUUCGGUUUUCGGGAGGUAUUAAAAUGGGGGUGACACAAAAAAAAUCAAAAAUAUGAAUUUUAUUUUUAAAAAAAUCCCGAAAAUUCACUGUUUCAAAAAUGUUUCUAGUAUUUUCUCAAAAAAUAAAAAUCUAUUCAAUUAAUUGUGAAUAUGGGAUUCAAAAUAACAUAAUUUCUAGCUUCGUCAAUCAGAAUAAAAAUAAUGAUGAAAAUCCACUGUUUCAAUAAAUUUUAAUAUGAAAAUUCAUUUUUCGGAAGCAUUGAUCCCAUGAAUUACAAAUCAAAAAAUGAAAAUUUUAAAUUGAAUUUUUUUUUCUGAAAUUCACUGUUUCAAAAGUCCUAAUUUGUCACAAAUUAUCAAGAAGCCAUUGAAAAAUGAAUUUCGAACAAAAACCACUGUUUCAUGAAAUUUUAAUGUGAAAAUUGAGUUUUCGGGAAGUAUUCAUAACCCAAAAUUCAAAAUUAAUUUGAAUUGAAAAAAAAAUCCCGAAAAUUCACUGUUUCAAAAAAAAGCUAAAAUAUUUCAUUUAAAAAAACCACAUAAUUAUUCCGUUCCUUCUUCUAACCAAUAGUAUUAAAGAAAGAAAAUUUCGAACAAAAUUCCACUGUUUCAAUAAAUUUUAAUGUAAAAAUUGAGUUUUUCGGAAGCAUUAACCCCAUGAAUUACAAAUCAAAAAAUGAAAAUUUUAAAUUGAAAAUAUUUUUUCAAAAUUCACUGUUUCAAAAAAAGCUAAAAUAUUUUAUUUAAAAAACCCACAUAAUUCUUCUGUCAUUCUUUCUAACCAAUAGUAUUAAAGAAAGAAAAUUUCGAACAAAAUUCCACUGUUUCAAGAAUUGAUAAUUUGAAAAUUCACUUUUCGGGGAGUAUUCACAACAUAAAAAAUCAAAAUUAAUUUGAAUUGAAAAAAUCCCGAAAUUGCACCGUUUCAAACAAUUUUAAUGUGAAACGUUUAGUUGCAAAAAUGAUUAUAGCCCAAAUAAAAUUAGAAUCAAAAUUUCAAAGUAAAAAAAUUCUACAGAAAAUAUUUUUUUUCCAAAACGCAAAAUUUUCUCCAGGGAACAUCUACAUCGGCAAAUAAUGGAAAUAGUGGAAGCCUAUCGAUGGAUCAACCAGCACCGGUGAAUUUGGCGAGCAAAGUUGCCGAAGUUUUUCUGA